AUGUCGUUCUCUCGCCUUACUGAAACAAACGACAUUCAUGUGAGGGGUGUGUUGUCGUUUGAGGAGAUGGAACGGCUCAGGCAAUCUGUACGGAGUACUUUGAUUUCAAAAGAAACAUCCUUUUAUCAUGGAAAGGAUAUGAAGGAAGAACAAGAGAAAGCUUCCUCCCUGAUGGCUCCUCUUCUUGAAUCCAAUCCGUAUGUUGGUAUUGCCUCACCUUUUCAGGCUGAUCCAGAAUUGAAAGAAGAUAUCAUUCCCAAGUACUUGAGAGCUGCUAAGGAACAGAUACUGGCCUCCGAAGGAUGGAAUGAUCUUAAGAAUGAAAUAAGGAAGAGAGUUCAGACCGUUAUUGAUGAACAAAUCGCACUGCGUACAGAAAUAUCGGAUCAUACACUUGAAACUGGUGGAGCUGUGCAUAUGACUUACUAUCAACGUAAAAGAGCAAAGGAAUUACUCAAUAAUUGUAUUAUUGAUGAUAAGAAGUACAUGGAUCUACUUGACGAGACUGGAAAUUUGAUGGCACAAAAUUCAACUCUAAACUCGCUCUCGUACAGUCUGACCAGUAAGGUUGAGCCGCCACAGCAAGGACAGAAAAAGGAGUCGGAGGCAGUAAUUGCCAAAAUUUUAAGCUCGUAUCCGUGGUCCGUGAUGAGGCAUAAUCUUUCCAAAUGUUUGCUUCACUCCUUUCCCAAGUCUGUUCGAAAAGUAUUAUGGAAUGCAGCGUUUAAAGAUGAGAAUAACAAGGCAUUGCUUGAUGCAUUCAUGGAAAAGAAAAAUUCUACUUCUGACACAUCAAUGCUUCCAAAAGCAUAUUAUCAAAUAAUUGACGCAGUUGUGAAAAAGAAAGUAGAAGAGCAUCCAAUAAUCAAAGAGUAUAACGAAGGCAAACUCCUUAAUGAUGUACUCAAGGUAACUGUGGAAUUUGUUCUUUAUAGAAUGAAAGCACCUGACGUGAAUGACCUUUCUAUGGUUGCGGACUUGGUGAAUGUCGAUCCAAAUGAGCAACUAACAGAGGAGCUGAAAACAAAGGUCGUUAUCAAGAUCAUUGAAAGAUAUUCGUCAUACAUUGUAGAUAUAUUUGAUUUAUUUGCCUCUCUGUACGGAUGGGAAGACGUAACCACAAAGUACGACCAUCUUACUCCAGUACAAUUUUACACAGAAAAGAUAUGCUCUUUAAUAAUCUAUCAAUUUGUGUCUACUUUUCAAAUCGAUCCAUUUGAAGACCCUGAACUGUACUAUAAGAUGACAAUUGUACCACAAUCGAUAGUUAGAUCUUUUGCCCAUGCCACAGAAAAGAAAGAUAUGACAAUACUUUCCCAUUUGAAUUCACUAUCAAAUGGUAUUGAAGACUUUUUGAAACCUGUCACCAGAUUGUGCAUUUCCUACUGUGACCACAGCGUGACAUGCUUCUUAAUUGAGCAGCUAUUAUUUUCAAAUUUCAACAAUGUUGUAUUUGGCGUCUUUAUGGCAUCAAUUGCAUUGGCUCUCAGGCAACACGUGCUGAAAUGUGAAACCUCUGUUUCGCUUCACACUCUUUGCAAAGCGAACUCGUCUGUCCUAUUGGCGGAUGCUUUGGUUGAUAUCAUGGAAAAUAACUUUAGAAAAUAUCUUCAUGAUGCAUUGGGAGUAGAUAUUUACCCUAAAGAAUUUGUUGAAAUCACAGGAUUAUCACAAGAAAAAACAACACUCUUGUUUACUCAAGACACAUCAUCUCUGGCCCCUCCUGAUAAGCUAUCCUCCUUGAAGGCGGCUCUUCAACAAGAGCUAGAUCAAAGAGAUGAAAAAGAAAUGCUAUUCGUAUGGAAUGAUAUUUAUGAAAAAAUUGAAAAGGAAACCACUAUUGACAUUCCUUUCAAAGAUGUCAAUUAUAGACUAACACUUCCAUCUAAACGAUCAAAUAUUUGGAAAGAAACCUCUUUCUAUGAUCUCUCUGAGACAAUAAUGCAGUUCUCCUCAAACAAAUUGCUCUGUAUUGAGUUGGCAAAGAAAAAUAUUUUAGAAGAAUUCAAACAAGUAGUUUCACAACACGUAAAGGAGACAGGCAUAUUCAAGCCAAGCGAUUUUUCUUCUGACAUCGAUAAUGGAUCUGUGAUUGAAGUUGAGUAUUCUUUUAUGGGCCAUACCUUCAAAACGAAAUUUUUGGAAGAGCAAUUACGAACGUCUGAUUAUGAGGCCAUACUCGAAACGUUGAAAAAUAGGCUAAAGCUAUUGGACUCGUUUGCCUAUGGAAGUGAUGUUCAAGAGACAGCCAUGAAAUUUGCCAAGCACUUUGAACAAGAAGAGCGAUCCAAACUUGAAAACUAUCAAAAGGAGAAGGAGCAACGCUUAUUGAAAAUUACACAAGAGCUUGAGAAUGAGAGCAUGAUAUACUUUUCGAAAGUUCUUAAGCUGUCCAUGAAAGGAGUUCAAUUGUUCUUCAAAGGAACAGAGCAAGAGAUUCAAAAAGUUGAGAAACUAUGUCAGGAAGAGAAAGAAGAACGAGCUAUUCGAAAAGAGGCCUUGGGUAGAUCAAUUAGCACAUAUGAAUAUAAUCGGCUUCCAAAGAAGUACAAACAAAAGUACGACAAGGCAAUUGAAAAGAAAAAAGCAGCGAAUUCCCAAAAGGCAAAGAAAUAUGUUGGUAUUUGGCAAAACACAACAAAGAAUAAAUAA